AUGUUUAUGCCAAGAGCCCUAAAAGUGAAGAGAACUAAAGACGACGCAAAUCUUAUUUUGAAGAAGCGUAAAUGUCACGUUGAUCAGCAUCAGAAUCAUGAUGAAGGCCGUUCAACGACGCAUCUUUCUCAAGGGACUACAGACUCGGAAGUUGAAGAAACGACUACUGUUAAAGCAGGCGAAGACACAUAUGCUGUAGAUGAGAUUCCAUUACGAGAAGAGUGCCAGGAAUGUGCUUCAAGUGGUACUGAAGAAGAGGAGGAACCAGUGAAAUCCUUCAAAAAGAAUCAGAGAUGGGCAGAGCCAGGAGAGCCUGUCUGUUUGAUGUGUGGUCGCUAUGGAGAAUAUAUCUGUGACACAACUGACAGUGAUGUUUGCAGUCUGGAAUGCAAAGCCCGCCACUUGGCCCAAAUAGGUUUGAGGACUGGAGCUGAAGUGUUUUAUCAGAAGGAAACAAAUGCAGCUAAAGAAAAUCCUCAAAUACAAUUUACAACAAUAAACUAUUCCUAUAAGGAGGAUUUGUUCAUAUCAGGGCUGACGGAUGUGCAGGUGCAGCAUAUUAAACAAGAACUGGGCAUUGAAACUCAUGGUAGAGAUGUAAGCAGGCCUAUCAUAGAAUUUGAACACUGUGGCUUUCCUGCUACCCUUAAUGCCAAUUUGAAAUUAGCCAGUUAUGUGGUCCCCACACCAGUCCAGAUGCAAUUGCUGCCUGUUGGUCUCACUGGCAGAGAUGUGAUUGCAAGCGCUGACACAGGAUCAGGGAAGACUUUAGCCUUUCUCUUACCAGUAGUCCUGAUGGCAAUGAAGGAUCAUACUCUGAGUGCGGGUAGCCCGGUGGCUCUUAUCCUUACCCCCACCCGAGAACUGGCCAUUCAAAUCGAGAGACAGGCAAAAGAGGUAGUGAUUGGCCUCUCUAACAUGAGAACUGCCCUGCUGGUGGGCGGCAUGCCUCUUCCACCUCAGCUCCACCGCCUCAAACGGAGUAUUAAAAUCGUCAUUGCAACACCAGGACGACUGCUGGAGAUUUUAAAGCAGAAAGCUGUGAAGCUGGAAAAAGUAAAGACUGUUGUGGUCGAUGAGGUUGACACGAUGCUAAAGAUGGGCUUCCAGCAGCAGGUGCUAGAAGUUUUAGAAAAUGUCCCUGAAGACCACCAGACGUUACUGGCAUCUGCCACUAUCCCGGCAGGGACAGAAGAGCUAGCAUCUCGUUUACUGGUCGACCCAAUCCGUAUUUCUGUAGGAGCGAAGAACCAGCCCUGCGCCGACAUAAGGCAGAUCCUACUGUGGGUUGAGGAACCUUCAAAAAAGAAGAAGCUGUUUGAAAUUCUGAAUGACAAUAAGUUGUACCAGCCUCCAGUGGUCGUGUUUGUAGACUGUAAACUUGGUGCUGAUCUGCUAUGUGAAGCGGUCGCCAAGGUGACAGGCCUCAAUACAGUGGCAAUCCACUCAGACAAGAGCCAAAUGGAACGUAACAGAAUCCUCAAGGGGCUUCUGGAUGGUAACUUUGAGGUGGUAAUCAGUACAGGUGUGCUUGGCAGGGGAUUGGACUUGGCCAAUGUCAAACUGGUGGUUAACUUUGAUAUGCCAAACACCAUGGAUGAAUAUGUGCAUCAGGUGGGUAGAGCUGGCCGUCUGGGUCACAGGGGAACUGCCAUCACGUUUCUCAACAAUAACAAUAAACGUCUGUUCAUGAGUGUAGUGAAUAGGGUCAAACCAACAGGAACCAUCCUACCCCCACAGCUCCUCAAUUCACCUCACCUCCAUGAGCAGCAAAGAAGAGAAAAACAACAACCAAAGUUGAGGCACGGUGAAACACUUGUGAACAAAAAUAACCUAAUCAAUAUUAUUAAGAAACAUGACAGGCACAAAAAAUAA